GGCUGCGGCCGGUCGGUCCCCCCCGCGGGCGGCGGCUCAGGUCCGAGGGUCGGAUGCGAGGCCGGGGAAUCCGGACUCAGGGGCGUCGGACGCUCGGUAGAGCCGGAUUCCGGGGGCUGAACUCACCAGGCUUCGGAGUGGAGCGUUCUCAGGCGCCGGAGCGGCUCGGAUGCCGUCCCCCCGGACCCUCCCCUCGUCCCCCGUUUCCCCCGCCGGCGUCCAGCCGGGAGGGGGCUGCCCCUCGGUCGCGCGUGGGGCGGGUCUCCGGGCCCUGGCCCUCCGCCACCCCGGGUUGAGGAGAGGACACUUGAGAAUCAGCGCGUAGCGGGUGGGAGGGGGAGCCCAGUCUUUGGGGGCACGCUUCCCGCCCCCCCGGCCCUUGUCCGGCCGCCUCGGCCCCGCCCUGGCCCCAGGCUCCGCCCCGUCCGGCCGCCCCGCCCACUCCCCUCCGCCGGGCCCGAGCCCCGGGGGCAGCCGCCGCCGCCCCAGCGCCCGCCAUGCCCGUCGCCCCCGCCGCCCCGCUGCUUCAGCUGCUGCUCCUGCUGGAGCCGUGGCUCCAGGCUGCGAGCGUCGUGGAGCCGCCGCUGCCCGCCGUGGUCCUUACCGUCCUGGCCCGCAAUGCCGAGCACUCACUGCCCCACUACCUGGGCGCGCUGGAGCGGCUGGACUACCCCCGGGCCAGGCUGGCCCUCUGGCAGGCCAGCUUCUGGUUCCAGAGGGAGAAAGUGAAGCCCAGAGAUGCUUGGGACUCGCCUGAGGUCACACGGUGUGCCACGGACCACAACACGGACAACACCACGCAGAUGCUGCAGGAGUGGCUGGUGGCUGUGGGUGACCACUACGCGGCUGUGGUCUGGAGGCCCGAGGGGGAGCCCAGGUCCUACCCAGACGAAGAGGGGCCCAAGCACUGGACCAGAGAAAGGCACCAGUUUCUGAUGGAGUUGAAACAGGAAGCCCUGACCUUUGCUAGGGACUGGGGGGCUGACUACAUCCUGUUUGCAGAUACAGACAACAUUCUGACCAACAACCAGACGCUGAGGCUUCUGAUAGAGCAGGGGCUGCCCGUGGUGGCCCCGAUGCUGGACUCCCAGACCUACUACUCCAAUUUCUGGUGUGGGAUCACGCCCCAGGGCUACUACCGACGCACAGCAGACUACUUCCCCACCAAGAACCGCCAGCGCCGGGGCUGCUUCCAGGUCCCCAUGGUCCAUUCCACCUUCCUGGUGUCCUUACGGGCUAAGGGGGCAGCCCAGCUUGCCUUCUACCCCCCUCAUCCCAACUACACCUGGCCCUUCGACGAUAUCAUCGUCUUCGCCUAUGCCUGCCAGGCUGCUGGGGUUACGGUCCACGUGUGCAAUGAACACCGUUACGGGUACAUGAACGUGCCUGUGAAAUCCCACCAGGGGCUGGAGGAUGAGAGGGUCAACUUCAUCCACCUGAUCUUGGAAGCACUAGUGGACGGGCCCCCCAUGUGGGCCUCAGCGCAUGUGUCCCGGCCCCCAAAGAGACCCAGCAAGUUGGGGUUUGAUGAGGUGUUUGUCAUCAGCCUGGCCCGCCGGCCCGACCGCCGUGAGCGCAUGCUAAGCUCGCUCUGGGAGAUGGAGAUUUCUGGGCGGGUGGUGGAUGCUGUGGACGGCCGGACACUCAACGCCAGUAUCAUGAGGAGCCUCGGCGUGGACCUGCUCCCUGGCUACCAGGACCCCUACUCGGGCCGCACACUGACCAAGGGCGAGGUGGGCUGUUUCCUCAGCCACUACUCCAUCUGGGAGGAGGUGGUUGCCAGGGGCCUGGCCCAGGUCCUGGUGUUUGAGGACGACGUGCGCUUUGAGAGCAACUUCAGAGGGCGACUGGAGCAGCUGAUGGAGGAGGUGGAGGCAGAGAAGUUGCCAUGGGACCUAAUCUACUUGGGCCGGAAGCAGGUGAACCCCGAGGAGGAGGCCGCCGUGGACGGGCUGCCACAUCUGGUGGUGGCCGGAUACUCCUACUGGACCCUGGCCUAUGUCUUGAGCCUGGCAGGUGCUCGCAAGCUGCUGGCCUCCCAGCCCCUGCACCGAAUGCUGCCUGUGGACGAGUUCCUGCCCAUCAUGUUUGACCGGCACCCCAAUGAGCAGUACAAGGCGCACUUCUGGCCGAGAGACCUGCGUGCCUUCUCCGCCCGGCCCUUGCUCGCUGCCCCCACCCACUAUGCAGGGGACGCUGAGUGGCUCAGCGACACGGAGACAUCCUCGCCCUGGGACGAUGACAGCGGCCGCAUCAUCAGCUGGAGUGGCUCUCACAAGACCCUGCGUGGCCCCCGCCUGGACCUGGCUGGCAGCAGUGGGCACAGCCUCCAGCCCCGGGCUGAGCUCUAGGGCCAGGCGAUGACUCCAGAGGAACACCCAGGAGCAGGCUGUAGCUGGCCAGGGAGGAGAGUUGGAAAUAGCUGCAGGAACCACCACCAAGAGCCACAGACCACACAGAGACCCAACUGUCACCUUAGGCAUGGCCACUCUGCCCUCUGGCCCCAUCUUGCUUCAGGAGAAACCACUCUGAGAUGGGUCCCCUUCCCUGAAGGUCAUGUAGAGAAAAGGCAGAGCUCACAGGCCCUCUCACCCUGCCCGGCCUGACUCAGGGCCUGGGGUGGAGGGAAGGAGGGGGGGCUCCUCAGCCUUUGGUUUCAAGCUGGACAGACACCAGGAGCCCUGCCCUCUCCGCGGACCCAACUGCUGGGGCCCCUCCACCACCUUCUACCUCCACCUCAGCCCCCUCCCCACUCGACCUGGGUCUCAGCUGCCUGGGCCCAUCCUCUCCCCCUGGCCACUGGGAAGUGCAGGGAGGUGGGAGGAGGGCCCUGGCAGACCUGGUGCCCAGCACAUAGUAAGCCCUCAGUAAAAGCCAGCUGGUAUUUGCGCUUUAUAUUUUUAACUCCUGGACAAGCCUCUUUGUGUGUCAUGAGGUCUGGGAGGGAAGGGUUCCUGAUCUAUGGAUGAGCCCUUGGAGAGACAGAGAGGGGAGGGCAGCCUGGGGGAGGAGUCAGGCCAACCUGGCAUCACCAUCUCCUUGCUAGGUGAUCUCGGAUGGAUGCCAUCCCUCCCUGGGUCUUGGCCCGCUUGGUGGUGAAGUUUACGAGGAAGAGAAGCAUGUCAGGGGCUGGGUGGGUAUAGAAUGGCCUGGCCCGGAGCCCAGCCCACGAUAAAUGCUCACCUACUGGGCCUGUCCUGGGCAUCACCAGCCUCACCUUGCUGGGUAGCGUGGGCCCGGACCCAGGGCUGCUGAGCCUCCUCCUCUUUGAAUCUUCACUUGUGGGGGUGCAACCCUUCCCUGGAGAGAGACGGGGUAGAUGGAUGCAAGGCUCCCAUCUGGCCCUAACCCGUGUGAAAGAAAAGCAGAACAUGGACCUUGUGGGCCGGGGUGCCCUCUGCUGGUGUGGGCCCGCAAGGGGAAAGGGAGCCUGGGGCAUUUGGAAUGAGCCCCUUGUGCUGGCCGGCUACCUACAGCAGCUCCAGGUUCUCCAGCUCUCUUGCUGGGGAACUGCUGGUCUUCCCUCUCCAUCCCCCCUCCAUAGGGUUCGGCUUCUGGGCCCAGCUACUGUCUCCAAUGCCCGAACUCAGGCAGCUGGAGGGGGUAGGGAGGUGGCUCCUGGCCUUGGCCUCCACCAGCACAAGGCUGUGGCACUGCCAUGUCUAGGCUUCCUUCUUCAGAGGAGCCCCCUCCCAGGGCAGCCCCUUGACUUGGUUGCACAAGCACCAGGGUCCUGGUAGAGUCGGACAGGCACCCCCUGAGGCUGGGCUAUCCCUUGCUUCUGUCCUGGGGAUGAGGUCCAGCUGGCCUGGCUUUGGUCUCGGGACCUGGCAUGGCUGGGAGAAGGACUUUGGGGCAAAGCUAUUGGACGGGUGCUUUGUUAGUUCCAAGAGUGAAGAGCCAUUGAUUCCAGAUGGUGAUGACCUUGAGCAAGUCCCUUCUCUCUAGGCUUCUGGUGUCCCCUUCACUCAUUAAAACAACCAUUUAUUGAGCCCGUCCUAUGGGCCAGGUUUAGGCAUUAGGGAUACAGCAGUGAAUAAAAGUGCCCCCCAAAUCCCUGACCUGGUGCAGCUGACAUUCUAGGAGGGAGGGAGACAGAAAUAAAUAAGCAAAUAUUAGAGUGGUAGGUGCUAUAGAGCCAAAUGAGGAAGGAGACAUCAAGUAUGGUUUGAGAAGUUAACAUCUGAACAAAGACUCGGAGGUGAGGGGGCAGGCUGUGGGGAUAACUGAAGGAAGCCCAUUCCAGACCAACGGAACAGCACAUGCAAAGGUCCUGAGGCAGGAGCAGGACUGGCAGGUUCAAAAGACAGCAAGGAGGCCAGUGUGGCUGGAGCCGAGUGAGCAAGGCCUGGAGGGCCUGGAGAUAGAUGAUGGAGCCAAGGUCAGGGCCAGAGCAACGAGGGCCCUGGAGGACAUUCUGUCUUUUACUCUGGAACGGGGAGCCCCCAGAAGGUUUGAGGCCGAGAAAUGACUUCAUCUGUUAUUUUUUUUUUUUAAAGAUUUUUUAUUUAUUUAUUUGACAGAGAGAGACACAGCGAGAGAGGGAACACAAGCAGGGGGAGUGGGAGAGGGAGAAGCAGGCUCCCCGCAGAGCAGGGAGCCCGAUGCGGGACUCGAUCCCAGGACUCUGGGAUCAUGACCUGAGCUGAAGGCAGUCACUCAACCAACUGAGCCACCCAGGCACCCUUCAUCUGUUAUUUUAACAUGAGCACCCUGGCUACAGUACUGAGAAUAAACUGUAGGUUGGCCCAGGGGAGAGAGAAGGAGAGAAGUUAGGAACCCAUUGUAAUCAUCCAGAUGAGACACAACAGUGCCCCAGACCAGGGUGUUUGCUGGCAGCGGGGCGGUGAGAAGGCAGAGCCGACAGAAUUUCUAGAGCAGGACAGGAAGCUUUGCAGAUGCUGACCCCGCCACCCAGAGCCUUCCGCGCUGCCCAGCCAUGGUCAAUCCCACCGUGCUCUUGAGCUGCUGGGCAGCACCGCCUUCCAGUUGUUUGUAGACGAAGUUCCCAAGACAGCAGCAAACUCGCAUGCUCUGAGGACUGGGGAGGAAGGGUUUGGCUCCUGCUUUCCCAGAAGGAUUCGCGGAUUUCUGUGCCAGGGCAGUGACGUCCCAUGCCAUGAAGGUACUGGGGGCAAGUCCAUCCACAGGGAGAAGUUUGAUGAUGAGAAUUUUUAACCCAAAGCACACGGGUCCUGGCAUCUGGUCCAUGGUCAAUGCUGGGCCCAACACAAAUGUUGCCCAGUUUUUCAUCUGGGCUGCCAAGCCUGAGCAGCUGGAUGGUGAGCCUGUGGUCUUUGGAAAGAGGACACAGACACCCUGGAGUGCUCCGGAUCCAGGAACGGCAAGACCAGCCAGGUCACCAGGGCUGUCUACGGACAGCGCUAAUAAAUUGGCUUGUGCUUUAUCUCGGGAGGGCACCCCUCUCCCCAUCUGCCCGCAGAGUCCUAUGGUCUUUGUGCUCUCACAAUAGAUCUUUGGGUUCCACAUGUUCCUUAUCCCCCUCCCAGUCCAGCUGGACAUAAGAGUUAAGUUGUGAAAUAAAAACUAAAUGACAAGGGCGCCUGGGUGGCUCAGUUGGUUAAGCGACUGCCUUCGGCUCAGGUCAUGAUCCUGGAGUCCCGGGAUCGAGUCCCGCAUCGGGCUCCCUGCUCGGCGGGGAGUCUGCUUCUCCCUCUGACCCUCCUCCCUCCCAUGCUCUCUGUCUCAAAUAAAUAAAUAAAAUCUUAAAAAAAAAAACAAAA